AUGGACAAGAGAGCUUUGGAGCAUGAGUCUGAGGAGCUCAUGAGGAACAAGCGCGGCGAUCCUCGUCGAGGCUCACGCUUGCGCUCGGAGAGCAACACUCCCGUCGGCCAGAAGCCGCUUCCCAAGCCCGGCCUGCCCCUGCCGAUGCGUCGGGGACCCGGGCCGGGUCGAUCAGCUCGAGCCGAGCCGGAGCCUUCGUCGACGGAAGAAGAAAGCAGCGGGUCAGAGAGCAUCGAAGUCAUUGAGCCGCCUCGGCAGGAAGGCGCUUCUGGAGCAAUCCCACGGCGGAAGACGGACGCUCUGCUCUCAGACCCGAGGGCCUCCAGCCUCAGGAGAACAGAGCUCGGACAGAAACCCGAAAAUAACUAUGCCUCGCCACAUCCUUCCCCCACUCUCAUCCCCACCAGAUCUCCUAAAACUGUCUUCUUCAAGUUCGACCUCCACUCUCUUUCCGUCAACCGUUGUCGUGUCCUUCGUCAUGUCUUGGAGGAACAAGUGAGUGCAACAAAGAUUUGGGAGGAGGCGUAA